AUGACUACUGCCGCUAAGAAAGUCCUAGUCACCGGUGGUGCCGGUUACAUUGGCUCCCACACAGUCGUCGAAUUAAUUGAAAACGGUUACGAAUGUGUCAUCGUCGAUAACUUAUGCAACUCCUCCUACGAUGCUGUCGCAAGAUUGGAAAUCCUAACCAAACAUCACAUCCCAUUCUACAAAGUAGAUCUAUGUGACGCAGAAGGACUAGAAAAGGUUUUCCAAGAACACAAGAUCGAUUCAGUCAUCCAUUUCGCAGGUUUGAAAGCUGUCGGUGAAUCCACUCAAAUCCCAUUAAGAUACUACCAUAACAAUAUCUUGGGAACUUUGGUCCUAUUGGAAUUGAUGGGUAAAUAUGAUGUAAAGAAAUUGGUUUUCUCCUCAUCAGCAACUGUCUACGGUGACGCUACUAGAUUCCCUGACAUGAUCCCAAUUCCAGAAGAAUGUCCCUUGGGCCCAACUAACCCAUAUGGUCAAACUAAGCUAGCCAUUGAACAUAUCCUACAUGAUCUAUACAAUAGUGACAACAAGACCUGGAAAUUCGCCAUCUUACGUUAUUUCAACCCAAUUGGUGCUCAUCCAUCUGGUUUGAUCGGUGAAGAUCCAUUAGGUAUUCCAAACAAUCUAUUGCCAUACAUGGCUCAAGUUGCUGUCGGUAGACGUGAAAAAUUAUUCGUCUUUGGUAACGAUUAUGAUUCUAGAGAUGGUACUCCAAUUAGAGAUUACAUUCAUGUGGUCGAUUUAGCAAAGGGUCACAUUGCAUCUUUGAAAUACUUGGACGCUCAAGAUCAAUCUCAAGGGAUCUGUCGUGAAUGGAACUUGGGUUCAGGUACUGGGUCCACCGUCUUGGAAGUUUACCGUGCCUUCUGCGAUGCUUCCGGAAUUGAAAUCCCAUAUGAAAUUACUGGAAGAAGAGCUGGUGAUGUGUUGAAUUUGACCGCCAAACCUGAUAGAGCUAAGCGUGAAUUGAAAUGGCAAACUGAAUUGGAUGUUGCUGCCGCUUGUCGUGAUUUAUGGAAAUGGUCCACUGAUAAUCCAUUCGGUUACCAAUUAAAGGGAAUUGAUGCUAAAUUUGGUACUCCAGAUGAAGAAUUCGAUGGAAGAUUUGUCACCAUUGGUGCAGGUUCCAGAUUCCAAGCUACCAUUGCUAACUUGGGUGCCACUUUGGCUGAUUUGAAAGUUGAUGGUCAAUCCGUCGUCUUGAAUUACAAGGAUGAAGCUGGUUAUUUGAGUAAAGAUUCAUGUUACAUUGGUGCCACUAUUGGUAGAUACGCAAACCGUAUUGCUCAUGGGAAGUUCAACUUGAAUGGUAAGGAUUAUCAAUUGACUAUUAACAACGGUGUCAACGCUAACCACGGUAGUAUUGGAUCCUUCCAUGUCAAGAGAUUCCUAGGUCCAAUCUUGAAGAACCCAUCAAAGGAUAUCUUCACCGCUGAAUACGCCUUGGUUGACAAGUCUGAAAACUCUGAAUUCCCAGGUUCUUUAACUGUCACUGUCUUAUACACUGUUAAUGUCGCCACUAAGACUCUAGAUAUUGAAUACACUGGUAAUGUGGAAGGUGAAGCUACUCCAAUUAACAUGACUAACCACACUUAUUUCAACUUGAACAAAUUGAAUGGUCCAGAAUCUAUUGAAGGUACUGAAAUCCAAGUUAUUUCAAAGAAAUCUAUCGAUGUGGAUGCUAAUACGAUUCCAACUGGUUCCAUCAUUGACAGAGACAUCGCUACUUACAACGACGCUAAGCCAACUGUCUUAGGUAAGAGAUCUCCAGAUUACGAUUACUGUUUUGUUAUUGAUGAAAAGGAAGUCCCAACUGAAGUUAACACAUCAAGCAAGAAAUUGAAGUUGGUCACCACCGCAUACCAUCCAGAUUCUAACAUUAAAUUGGAAGUCUUGACCACUGAACCAUCUUACCAAGUCUACACAGGUGAUUGGUUAUGUGCUGGUUACCAUCCAAGACAAGGUUUUGCUGUGGAACCAGGCAGAUAUGUCGAUGCCAUUAACAACAAAUAUAAGGAAUGUGUCACUUUGAAGCCAGGUGAAACAUACGGUUCCAAGAUCCAAUACAGAUUCUCUUAA